CGUGACACUGACGACAUCCACACGAGAGAGCGGCGCUCGGCACGCCCGCGACGCGUAUCUGCAAUCUACCAGAGUGAAACAACCAGCCUCAAAAUGGCGGCGGCCCGUCUCUGUCUCUGAGAGAGGAAAUCUCUGCCUCGUCUCUAUUGGCCACAGCUUACCGGGCGGCGAGCGCCCAUUGGUCAGUGCUCCAAUCGCCCCGCCUUGGGCUGAGUCGGAGAAGGAGUGGGGGUGGGACGGGACGGAGCAGCGAAAUAAUAUAGGCAGGGAGAGGGACAUGUGAGCAGGAGACAACCCCGCUUCGUGAGAUGGCGCCGUGAGGGAGCAGCCUGAGAAGAAUGUGCCAGCCUCGCUUCGACUACUAGGGACAAGCUCGCAGACACCGGGCCGGCGAUAGCGCGACCACGCACGGAGUGGGGGGUUGUGGGGAGCGACCUUAACGGGCGGACAAAGUGACGUCCUUCUGUGGUGAGGGCGAUGUCGUACGGCUCCAGGGAGAGAGAAGGCGCCUCGGCUAUGGAGGAAGAGAAGCCCGCCGCGUCUAUGGACGGCAGCGGCGUGGGCGGCGGAAGCACGAGACUGGCAGCUGAAGAAGGAAGACUGGGCGCCACACAAAAUGGCGAACUGCUGGAGAAGAUGCCGGGCUACAGGCGCAGGCACAGCAGCUUCACCGGCGAACAGAUGAGGGCUGAAAACUGCGACGGGCAGGGGGUCACAUCCCCAGAAGAGCCACCCAGGAAGCGAUUUCAGAUUCCGAGGAAGAGCAGGGAAAAGAAAGCUCUUCAGUCAAUUAGUUCUGACUCGCGGGAGUUUGACGACAUUUUGAACGUUCUACAUUCAUCUUUCUUGGAUGCAAAUUCUAAGAUACAUUUUUCAUACAAAUCUGCCAGACUGGUUCAUAAUGAAUUCUUGGAGAAAGAGUUCACUGAGAAAAGAAGACAAUUGAAAUUUGAUGGUCGACUAGAAAAAGAACUUGUUGAAUCUUAUGCUUUUCUUUUGGUUGAUGAAGCUCAGGUACAUAGUAUAUGUGAGAGAGGAUUACUUGUGGGACAUUCACGGAUUACAAGUCUUGGCAAACCUUCUAUGGGAGUGUACCUGUCUAAGUUUUCAGAUUUAUUGCAAGCCAACCCUUUAGAAGCAGGCACAACUGGGAGUAUUUUCAUAUUUAAAGUAAUAAAGGGAAAGAUGAAAGCUAUGUACGAUAACUUUAGGAAUCAGGAUUCAUUUACUGGUAAUGGAAAUUUGGAUCCAGCCCCUAAGCACGAGUGCCACAUAUUAAAGAACUCGAACGCUGUCACAUCGUUGCUAAGCUACAGGGCGUUCGAACGCACUCAGUAUUAUUUUUACGAGUAUGGCUUUGAUGAGAUUCUCAAGAGGCCUCGUCAUGUGUGCCCAUAUGCUGUUAUGUCAUUUUCCUACAAGACUGAUCACAAACAACCAUCAUCACCUCUUCCAGGGUAUGUUAGCUCCAGCUCGGAUCGGUACAAUGAUCGCAUUAGUUUUUCAUUAUGGAGAGGACAGCUUCAGAGUAAAGGAAAACUCCUGUGCUAUGCUUCCCUUAAAUCGACAAAUGGCCCAUUUCUUCCUUACAAACUGACGGAUAAACUUGACUUGGAAAUUGUCAUGCGCUUAGAACAGAUCAAGAAGAGAAUUCCUCCUUUAUUGUUCUAUAAAGAAAGUCAUAGAUCCAAGGAGGUCAUAAAGGGUGGGAUAUGCAGCUGCCUUUAUGAAGUGGCUGAUAAAACCAGGACUGGAAAUGAGUUGCAGAGUUUGUUACAAAAAUUGGAAAAAGAGAAACUGGCUUUGGUUAAACCACUUGCAGACAGAGGGUUCUUAUUCUUCUAUUUUCCAACACCCAUGUCCACUUCCUAUGGUGUUCAAAGCACAAAAUCGUGGCCCCUGCACGCUCUGUUUAUUUAUCCAGAGUCCAGAGAGCUUCUACAAACUGUCAAGCCUGAUUUCGUGACAGAUGACCAUGAAAUUGUGCCCGAUUUUCCGACUUUUAUUGCAUCUCUGCAUAAUGCUCUUCUUAAGUGCCAGAAGGACACCUCUGACAACUUCAACAUUGUUGUGGAGAAACACCUUCGCAUAUAUUUGAAAAGACGAUCAGAAGGGAGUAAUAAGCGUAAAGAUUUUGUAAUCCGAGAUUAUGAACAGAGGUUGGAUUCGAGAAAAAGCCUUUAUGCAGCUCCAAAAGAUCGCAGCCGGAUACACGCAAGUGUAAACAGCUAUAUACAUGGGUCGGAAGCGUAUGUGCUGCUAGUGGAGAGAGCAAAGGAACUGAUCUUGGAACACCGAAGAGUCCAGCAGUUCAGCCCAGUGUCGGACUAUGAACCUAUAGAGGAUGAUCAUGAAGUUCCAACAUCCAUGAACAAAGAAACUGCUCGUGAAAGAGUAUCUGAAAGUACAGAUUAUGAUACGGACAAACUAAAUGGCCUAAUCAACUUAAUUUACAUUAUGAAAAAUAAUGCUUCUAAUAAUACAGAAAUCGAUGAUUCUUCAUAUAGUGGGCUGAAAAGAAAACUUGAAAGUAGUCCUGAAGCAGAGUGGAAACAUCCUAAACGUGAAGACUACACGAAGUGUCCCAGAGAAGACCCAGUGGAAUCUGUGCAUUCAGUUUCUUCUUUUAUCUCUGCACUUGGUGGGAAAGAUACAGAUCUGAGACAGGAUAGCCCAGAACCAGAAUCAAAUACUUCUGAUCCUGAAUACUACAGAAUACUUUUUGAAAGACUGUCAGACUCUGGUUUAUUGGACUCCUUAAACAAGCUGUUACCCGAUCAAAAAAAAGCCACAGAUGAGACUGAAAAAAUGGAGAUUUCAACGUCAUUAGACACUGUUGCUGGUUUUGCUGAUGAGGAGCAAAGCUCUUAUGCAGAACAACAAAGUGAGGACCAUGUAGAAAGCACUGCAUCACUAGUAACUCCUCCUGUAGAUGAAGACCUAGGUGGAAAAGAAGCUGGUAGGGGCUUUAAUCCAUUGCCUGCUGAGGAAAGCGUCCAGGAGCCAUAUUUAGGAUGUGCCAGCCCUUGUCCCAUUCCACUUACUGAACAAGUUUACCCGCAGCAGAACUCCAGCGCCAGCAAUGAUCAGUGUGAAAUGCACUGGAAAUUAAUACCGAUUACAGGAGAGGAAGGAAGAGCACCAGAGGAUCAUGUUGGAAAUCUUAGAGAUGAAUACCGACAAGGCUUAAGUCUCACAGAAGAGCAGUCUGUUUAUAUGUCCCCGAAUGAUGCACCUCCAAAUGACCCAAGAGUUCAUCACAUAAGGAGAAACAGAGGAUCUGGCUUUUCACCACUUGAGGUAUACAGGAAAGGAAAGAGAGACUCCUACAAAGCUCAUACUACAAAGAGCGGACAUGACUCUUUUAAAAGCAAACACUGUGAGAAUGGGGUAAUUGAGAACACUGUGCUGGAAGUCUACAGCAACUUUACAGAGCAACUGCAAGAUCUUUUAAGCGGAAAGGAGAUUUCAUUUACUGCCAGUUCACCACCUUUACUGGAUUCAGAUGAGAGAGCGGUGAGACUUUCAGACUGGCUGUAUGCACAGGCCUCCAGUAUUCCCGUGGACCAGUAUAUAGAGGAACUGCGUGUAAAAUUGGACAGUGUUGUAAAUUCACAUAUAAGUAGAUCAGAGAUAGACAGAUUUAUAAGUAUGGUUGGAUCAAAGGGAACUGUGGAUUACAUUGUGCAGCAAGCGGACAGCAUAAGUGUUCCUACACACACUAAAAUAGAACUUUCUCAGACAAUAGAGCCUUUAAAAAGCUCUGGAUUGAAUGGAAAUGGUGAUAUAGAGCAGUUUCCUCUCAAUGCACAAGAUUCUUCACUUGGUAAGAAUCCUCCUACUCCAGUAGAUUCGUUGCCCCAGACGUCCCGUGAUGCUGUGCCACAUGAUCCAGAGAAAGCUACGCCUGACCUGCCAGACACCAUUACUGCAUCUCAUUCGGCACUGGCAGGUUUAAUAAACCAAAUGAAUCCGGAAGUAUUCAGCAACUUGGUGAAGAUCUUUUCCCAUGUGAAUAAAAAUAUAGUCAAAUUCUAUAUUCAUGCAGAGGAAGAAGACAACCCAAUAUGCUGUGAAAUCAAGGAUUAUCUGAUAAAACUUGGUAAUCUACAGUGUUACCCGGAGCAGUUCUUACACAGUACUGCUGCUUCUGAUAAACUGCUAAUAAUUAUUCAGAAUGAGGACAUUGCCAGCAGUAUUCAUAUGAUCCCAUCCUUGAUAACAUUGAAGAGACAUUCCUGUGUCAGCUUUGCUGGCGUUGACAGUUUGGAUGACUUGAAAAACCACACGUAUAAUGAAUUGUUUGUGUCUGGAGGAUUUAUUGUAUCUGAUGACACUGUGCUAAAUCCUGAUCCUGUCACUGUUGAUGAAUUGAAAAACUUCCUGCUGUUUCUCGAGCUAAUAAACAGUCCUGAAGGAAAAUGGCAAUGGAAAAUACAUUGCAAAUUUCAGAAAAAACUGAAGGAGCUGGGAAGGGUGAACAAACAUGCGCUGAAUAUUUUGGCCCUCUUAAACACGUACCAGAAGAAGCACCUGGUUGAGAUUCUCUCCUAUCAUAACUGUGAUUCUCAGACCCGACAAGCUCCAGAGCUAGACUGUCUAAUAAAGCUCCAGGUUUUGAACAUACAACAGCGUCACCUCAUAUUUCUGACAGAAAAGAAUGCAUCCUCAUUUGCCAGUUAUGCUGAUAAUGGGAUUGUAGUGGCAAGGAUGAAUGAUUUCAUGAAUAAUUUUACCAGCCUUGUUGGUCAUCAUAGUUCCAGCAGUGACGAAAAUAGCUUAUCACAGAUUGCCAAUCAAGAGAACCAGACAGCUCCCAGCAAAAUUGAAGACAAGGAAGAAGAGGACAUGUCCCUAGACUCAGGGGAUGAAACACCACAGAUUGAAGUAUGCGUAGAUGCUGCAAAGCUGAAGCCUCGCACAGAUGAUUCUGUAAAACCUCAGACUGAAGGUUCAAAAAAUGAGACUUCUGUAACUGGUUCUGAUUCCAUGCAACGGUUAACUCCUGUUUCUACAACUGGCUCAACAACGGCUGACAGUAGCAAUGCAAUUGGAGAUGACCUCUCCAAUAAGUCUCAAGAUUACCAGAGUAGGCAAUCGGGCAUAUCACAUUUCAACCUCCUCACACAUCAGACAUUUCUUGGAUCUAUGGUGUACCCCAUGUUAGUUAACCAAGCAGCAGGAGAAAACGAUUUCCCUAAUUCGUAUAACCAGUCAGUGGAACAGGAUACAUCUCCUCGUUCUGAGUGGGAUACGAAGUGGAAUGUAAAAUAGUUUAAAACAUUUUUUUUCCCUUUUACUUGUGAUGUUGAAAUAUUUAUAUAUAUAUAAAUGACAUUUUGUAAAAUUUGUUCUGUUUCUUAUCCAAAGCAAAAUACACAUUUUAUUACAUAAGGAGGAAAAACUUUUCUCUGGCUCUUUUUGCAAUCAUUAUGGCAUGUAUAUUGAACAUCGGCAAGUAAAUAAAUAUUUUUUUAAGUCAUUGUACUGAAAGGUUUGCACUUUUUAAGUUGUAAAUGUUCGUUCGCUUCAAAACUUCUAGUUUUCAACAGUAUUUUUUUGCCUUUUGAAAGAACACCCAUUAUGUGUACAGUUACUUUACACAUUUUUUAUGAACUUUUAGUAUCCUUUCUUUAAUAGAGAACUCAAUGUUUUGUAUAGAUUUAAAACCUUUUUUUUUUAUUAUUCUAAUUUUUACCUAAGGUGCAAUUAGAAUGCUUACAGACUAAAUAGACUAUGAAAUGGUGCAGGCUUAUUUUGAAUAAACUUUGUGCGCUUAGUAGUGUAAUAGAAUAAUUAACUCUCUACCCCUGUGAAGCAUGACCAUAUUUUUUUGUUAGUUUUCAUUUCCUUUUUGGUUAACUGGGAUUGUCACUGAUUUAGCCAAAUCUUUUGUCCCAAUCCAUUGCAUUAAAAUGCUGCUAACGACCAA